AUGGCUUAUUCAUCAUCAUCUUCGGGUUCUGCAUCGGAUGCAGAGCCUACCGAUCCUAGCAUGUACAUCAUACCGGGGCCUUAUAGAUGGGACAUCCUUCGUAAGAGGACGCAGCGUGCCUAUAUUUCACAACGAGUGUGGAAUACAGAGCAUGUGAGGAGGCUGAAGACCAGGCGUGGGAAACCACCAGGGGGGCCACCUACUGGGGCUAUUCCAGAGGUGGUCACAGACUACCUCACACAGGCUGCAUUUAUCCAUGUUGCCCGGAUGCGACAUAUGCAGAUCGAUGCCCCAUUAAUUAGUGCUCUGGUUGAGAGGUGGAGACCAGAGACCCAUACUUUCCACAUGACGCAAGGUUUAAUUCAGUUGCAAAGUUUAAACCUCAUGAGGUUGUCCAUUAUCGGGCAACCAUGGAUACACUAUGUAGAGAUGAGGUGGUGUGGCAACAUAUAUCGAUUAUCAGUGGCCGGGCGUGACUCCACACCAGCAGUUGACGAGAACUGGAGGCGUAAGCUUCGUCCUUGGAUUGAAAGAUGGCAGGUCAGGGAGCAGCAUAUCGUUCUUCCCCCUCCAUUACUAGGGUUGAUGUCACCUAACCAUGCGUACAUGGAGUGGUACAGAGCGAGGGGAAAAAGAUACAUUUCUCGGAGGGCAACAAAGAUUGGACGAAUGAUUGACGGUCUAGAGAUGCUGUAUCAUGCAACGACUAUGGAGGAGUUUCCUCGCUUCGGCUUAGACUAUAACAUAGAAAAGGGAAAAAUUAAGGGUCAGAAGCUGAUGUUGUCGCUGAGGUUUUGUUUCUCUUCUUUCGUAACUCACAAUUCUUUUACAUGUUCUUCACGGAGACUCUUAUUGUUGGUUCCUUCUCAAAGACACACCCUGUGCAACAGCUCCAGAAAUCUCUAUUGCUGCUGUGUGAAACCCAUUGAGCAAAAUGGGUUUUCUUCUGUUGCCAAUAACCUUCAAUCUUCUUCUUCUUCCUCCUUCCCCAAAGAUUCUCCCUUAUCAGGACUGGAAGAUGCUUUGGUGAGCUAUCUCUUGGGGAAGAAGAAGGCAACGGAAGUUGCUCACAUGGUAUGGAACCAUGUUCUCAAGAAAGGAGACACAGUCAUUGAUGCCACUUGUGGCAAUGGUUUUGACACCUUAGCAAUGCUCAAUUUGGUUGCUGAUGAUUCUCAUAAUGGUUGUGUAUAUGCAUUGGACAUUCAGAAAGAUGCUUUGGACAAGACUUCAAUCUUGCUGGAAGAAUCACUUGAUUCAAAUGAGAAAGAACUUGUCAAGAUCUUCAAUCUCUGCCAUAGUAAAAUGGAGGAAGUUGUUCCAAGGACUGCCUCGGUUAGGCUUGUUGCAUUCAACUUAGGUUAUCUUCCAGGGGGUGACAAAGAAAUAAUAACAAGAUCAGAAACAACAUUACUGGCAUUGGAAGCUGCAAAGAGAAUACUAAUACCAGGAGGACUUAUCAGCAUAGUGGUUUAUGUGGGGCACCCUGGUGGACGGGAAGAAUUGGAGGCUGUUGAAACUUUUGCUGCUAGAUUGUGUGUUGAGAAUUGGAUAUGUUGCAAGCUCCAAAUGUUAAACCGGCCAUGUGCUCCAAUACCAAUUUUCUUAUUCCGAAGAUAAUGUAAACUACCUUGUUACAACACAAUGUUAAUG